CCGAAAUGAAGAAUCCGUGCCUACGCAAAUUGCCGUUCAUUCGGAACGUCUGAAGAAACUACAGGAAGUUUAUGAGUUAGUCCGAGUAAAUCUUGGUAGAGCUUUCACGACUCAAAGCCAUAAUUACAACCUGCGCCGCCGAGAAUGGAGAUGCCAUGUGGGAGACCAAGUAAUGCGAAGGGAAAAUCUGCUUUCGUCCGCUGUUAAAGGAUUUGCCGCGAAAUUAGCCCCAAAAUAUUCAGGACCGUACACCGUUUCAAAAGUGGUAUCGCGCGUCGUCUAUGAUUUAAAGGACGGUUCCGGUAAAAAGCUCCGACAUAUUCACAUCAAAGAUCUUAAACCAGCCUGUACCUAGACAUCCUUUUCUACUCGAAUGUACCGUCGAAUCCGCAUUGGAAUUUUGUUUAUUUUAUUUGUUUUUUUUUUUUUUUCAUUCAGUCCGGUUUUCAAGUUUAUAGCAGCACAGUGUGUAGUUGUUUUGUGUUGUUGCCCGAUAAGAAAAAUCCGACCCCGACGUGAGAAAUGAAUCCGCCCAAAAAGUCUCGACCGGAUCCGGCAACUCUGGGUACUCCACGUCAAGACGGCUUGGAGAAGCAGAGAAAAGCCCGAUUGAAGCUAGAGCAGGUGAAGCAGACCAUCAGAAAAUACCGCUCACGAUUUUCCGGUUCCUCUUUACGAGCCCACCUACUCCCGGCGGCUCCCGUAACACCCCAGUCUACUGAUCCAAGGCCGCCACUCAUUGCUCCAUCUACUAGUGCAACGGUCAAACCACCAGCUGAUAGAGUAAACAUUAUCAGCGUCCAAGUGCUUCCGCCACCGUCUAAAACAGCCGCACCGGUAGUUCCGGAAAAAGUGCGCUGGGAGCGCAAGCCUUGUCAGCCUUGCCCGCUAGCCAGAACGGCUUCGAAGGGUACUACCAGUACCAUCGCCGAUAUCCAGUCGUCCGUUUUAUCUCCGCCCCGCUAUCGCUGCGAAUCCCGAGUUCGUGCCCGCACCGCUUCAAUUGCUCCAGCUACCACCGUCACCGCCGCCGUCCCAUAUGCACCCGUACCGAAUACUAUAAGACGGCGAGGAGUUGAAGUCACCACCGAUUUAUCCCGUCUGCAUCCCACUCUAUGGGAUUGGUGGGCUGAAAAGGGCAAGCCUCGACUGCCCCGAACCGUGAUGGAACUCCCGCUGCCACCAGGAGAAAGGCUCCCAAUGAGGCCUGAAUCGAACACUCAGAAGACCAGCUCAGCCGUGAUGGUCUUCGAGCCUCAAUCACGGGAUAUUGCCGACCAAUUCCAGAAGCAGCCAGAUUGGAGCCAGUGGAGUUCCACGUAUAAGGAAGCCUUAUUGAGGCUCCGACCUGCCAACUUUCCCGCCGCCCGCCGAUUCCGACUGCGUCUACGGGCCAGUGAUGGAUCCCGCUUCCAUAUUAUGAUGUCUAGCCCAGUUCUUGAGCUUGCACUAAAUGUAGAAGAUGCUCUUAGAGACGCUUUGGAAGAGAGUAAUCCGGAACCCGUUUUCUUCCAAAACGUGGACCAGAUUGAUCCGUUUACCGAUCCCUUUGGGAUACCGACUUAUCCGCAUUCUGCCGAAGAUCCCGAGAGAGGCGAUAUUCAGAGGGCAGCCGCAGAGAUACCCUCAUUCAGCCCCGCCUCGCCACCUGCUACCGAUGCUCAAAACAAAAUCAUGAUGCAGGAGCAGUCAGUUAGUGCUGUUGAGCACGAUCACAAAGUAUUUAAGGACAAAAGGUACAAGGAUAAAUUUCUUCCUAAACGGAGUACUUCCAAAGAAGGUGAUAGGUGUGCCUACUGCGGUAUACGUACAUGCAAAGAUAGGGAGAAAUGUCCAGCAAAGUUCUCUGAGUGUAGAUCUUGUUUACGUAGAGGUCACUGGAGUGCUAUGUGCAGGAAAAAGGCUAUCAGAGCUGUUGAGUGCUCAGAGCCCAACACAAGUAGCUGUUCUGAGGACGAGGAGCCACAUAAUAUUGUGAACCAAGUAAUACAAAUGGAUUCUUUUAUUGGCCAAGUGUACCUUGACGACAAGGAUCGCUGGUAUGUGGACAUUAUAAUGGACAAUAGACUCAAAGUUCCAUUUUUCGUGGACAGUGGAGCAGAAGUUACCUCCAGAAUACGAAACAAACAUGCCAAAACCAAAGCGCAUAGCUUGUGCACAGGAGGUGGCCCGCCUUUGCCUCCUCCAAGCGAUGACGAAACAGAUAAGGGGACUGAACAAAAAAUUUUAGAGAUAAUUACUCUAGUUGCGAUGACUGGAAAUUGUGAAGUUCCUGAGCCCGAAAUUACUUAUGAAAAACAUGACAUAGCAAAAUCAGGAAAAUUACCACACAGAAAUGGUGGAGAUUUUAGAAGACAUCUCACAUGCAUUUAUCAGCAUCGAUGA